AUGGCUCCAUCGCGCACUUCGAGACGCCGCUGCAUCCGUCUGCUGACAGGCACAGCACUGGCGCUGCUGGCGCUGAGAGCACUGAGCUUCGUGGCCCCGCGAGAAUCUGGCGUGCCUGCGACCCUGACACGGCGCCACGCCGUGGAGACGGCAGAGCUGGCAAAGGAGGAGGCGCCCGUGGACGACGGCCGCGUCCUGGAUGGCUCUGGAAUCGUCGGGUCCGUUGGGGCAUUGGUUCUGGCCGUUGCGCUGCUCCCCUAUGUAGCCCUCAGCCUCUAUAGUGCUGCCCAACUGGCAACACAGGGCCAGGCCUUCGCGCCCAUCCUUCUCAACGGGAGCCUCGGUCCAACCGGUGUCCUGGGUCUUGGAGAAGGCAUCGGCGUGGUCGUCGUUUUUGGCGUGUCGCUUUGGUCUUUCCUCUCACUGCUGACCCGCGGCGCAGGGCUCCCUGAGGGACCUCUGAGCCUCUUGGGCCUCACGCAGAGCCUGUCUUUCGUCAGUGCACUGGUGUUUGCCCUGGCCGGCUUUGUCAAUGGCCUGGGUGAGGAGAACCCGGUUCGUGGCAUCAGUCUGGGAGCCUCGCCCGCGCAGCUUGAGCAAGUGGCAUCCAAAAGCGGAAAGCUGCUGACAAAGGCCAAUGAAGAGGUUGCCCGCAUCACGGCAGAGCCGCGUGCAGAGUUGGAGGCAAAAUUGAAGGAGGUGGAGGAGCAAGCCUCGACUGAGUUUUCCAAGACGCCAGCCGCGAAGGUGAAGCUCCCGGAUGUCAAGGCGCCCGACGUCAAGCUUCCAGACCUUCCGGACGUCAAGCUUCCGGACGUGAAAGUUCCAGCGUUCAAGAUGCCGGACUUCAAGAUGCCAGACGUGAAGAUGCCAGACGUGAAGGUCCCAGAUGUCAAGAUGCCAGCCUUCAAGGUUCCGCAGAUGAAGCCACCGCCGGCGAAAACACCAGAACCUGCCGAGGCUGAGGACGAGCCCGAAGCGCCAGCGAAGGAAGAGCCGGCAGCGAAGGCGGAGGAAGCGGACCUGUUCGGAUGA